CCCACCUCCCACCUCCUCUACCUCCGCCUUAGCCUCCCCCCCCCCCUUACCCACAAUCAUCUCCCCAUUCCUUUCCUUCAAGCCUUAACCACCCAGUUUUCUCCUCUCUAUCCCACCCUCACAAUACGAAACCAACCCAAAAUCCCUGCUAAAUUCGGUUUUCCGCCCUAAUUCUUCCUUCUCCUCCUCCUAAAACCCUGUUUUCUGCCCUCUCAUCGCCCUGAUUUCUCCCGCCGGAUUCCAUAUAUCUACAUGGGUUGAACACUGCUUCUGGGUUUUGGAACAAACCGAAAUGGAGUGGGACAGCAAUUCGGAUCUGAGCGCCGACGACGACGACGAGGGCUUCCUUCUCAACGAUGGCGGCCCUCUUCCUUUCCCUGUCGAGAACUUGUUCCAAACUGCCCCAUGUGGCUUCGUCGUCACCGAUUCUCUUGAACCUGACCAUCCCAUCAUUUAUGUCAACACCGUCUUCGAAAUGGUUACUGGAUAUCGGGCCGAGGAAGUUCUCGGUCGCAAUUGUCGAUUCUUGCAAUGUAGAGGUCCAUUUGCAAAAAGAAGGCAUCCAUUGGUCGACUCUUCCGUGGUUUCAGAAAUCAGAAGAUGUCUAGAGGAUGGCACUGAAUUUCAAGGAGAGUUGUUGAACUUUAGGAAAGAUGGAACCCCAUUAAUGAAUAAAUUGAGGUUAACACCUAUCUAUGGAGAUGAUGAAACAGUAACUCAUGUUAUUGGUAUCCAAUUCUUCACUGAAGCAGAUAUUGAUCUGGGACCUGUGACCAGUUCUACAACAAAGGAAUUAGCGAAAUCAUCUGAUAGGUUUCGUUCUGGCCUUUCAUCUUUUCGCGUUACAUCUGUUGGCGACCGAAAUAUUUGUCGUGGUGUAUGUGGUAUUUUUCAAUUAAGUGAUGAGGUGAUAUCCUUGAAAAUACUCUCACGGUUGACACCCAGAGAUAUUGCAUCGGUGGGAUCUGUUUGUAGGCGGUUUUAUGAGCUGACAAAGAAUGAGGAUCUCUGGAGAAUGGUCUGCCAAAAUGCCUGGGGUAGCGAAACAACACGUGUUCUAGAGACCGUGCCUGGUGCAAAAACUCUUGGCUGGGGCCGGUUAGCGAGAGAAUUGACAACUCUUGAAGCUGCUGCCUGGAGGAAGCUGACCGUUGGGGGAUCUGUCGAACCCUCACGAUGCAACUUUAGUGCGUGUGCAGUUGGUAAUAGAGUUGUACUAUUCGGUGGGGAGGGUGUUAAUAUGCAACCGAUGAAUGAUACCUUUGUACUCGAUUUAAAUUCUAGUAAACCAGAAUGGCAGCAUGUUCAAGUUAGUUCUCCACCUCCUGGUAGAUGGGGUCAUACUCUUUCUUGUGUAAAUGGUUCUCAUUUAGUCGUCUUUGGAGGUUGUGGAAGACAGGGCUUGCUUAAUGAUGUUUUCUUGUUGGAUUUGGACGCAAAUCCUCCUGCCUGGCGUGAAAUAUCUGGAUUGGCUCCUCCGCUUCCGAGAUCAUGGCAUAGCUCCUGCACUCUCGAUGGCACGAAAUUGAUAGUCUCCGGUGGAUGUGCGGAUUCUGGAGUACUCCUUAGUGAUACCUUUCUGCUUGACCUCUCAAUGGAGAAACCCAUAUGGAGGGAGAUACCUGUAUCUUGGACUCCUCCCUCUCGGUUGGGGCACACGUUAUCUGUGUAUGGUGGGCGGAAGAUUUUGAUGUUUGGGGGUUUAGCAAAAAGUGGACCUCUUCGGUUUCGAUCAAGCGACGUCUUCACAAUGGACUUAAGUGAGGAGGAACCAUGUUGGAGAUGCGUAACUGGAAGCGGAGUACCGGGUGCUGGAAACCCAGGAGGGGUAGCACCUCCGCCUAGACUGGACCAUGUUGCUGUGAGCCUCCCAGGUGGAAGAAUACUGAUCUUUGGCGGGUCAGUUGCGGGUCUUCACUCAGCAUCACAGCUUUAUCUGCUGGACCCAACAGAAGAGAAACCGACAUGGAGGAUAUUGAAAGUACCUGGACGGCCUCCCAGGUUCGCAUGGGGACACAGCACAUGCGUCGUAGGGGGAUCGAGAGCAAUAGUCCUGGGAGGUCAAACUGGAGAGGAGUGGAUGCUAAGUGAGCUUCAUGAGCUAUCAUUGGCAAGUUCUGUGAUCUGAACUGAUGAAUGAAAGAGAGAGAUGAAUCGAGAGAUUGGCAGAAAUGUUGUUGGUCUGGUCAGGACUCUGUAUUAAAAAUGUAUGUUCCAAAAGUGCUGCAUCAUAUUCUUGUAAGGAAGGAAUUGUUCUGACUCAGAAUAAAACUUUAAAUUCAGGUUGAAACGAGCGAGUGGAUAGCGGUUCGUGUGAUCUGUGUAUGAAGUAUAUUCUUGUUCUUCUUCCAUAGUAAGUAGUAGGGGGUUAGAAGAUAGGUUUCAAUGAUCAUAUUCUUAUUGUUAUAAGAAGAAUGUUUUGGUCCAAUUCAGAUUCAAUAGGGAUUGAGUGAGUGAGUGAGUCCAUGUCGAUCAUGUCUUCUCUGUAAUAACUUUGUGCUCUGCUUGGCCCAUCCUUCUUCUUAUUCAUCACCUCAACAAAGGAUGAUCUGUAAUAACAUUUCUGCUUUGCUGGUAGAGACAGCCAUUGAAGGAAAGGAA